GUCUGGUGAAAUGUAAAUGUUUGCUUUCACAGAUCCCGGUGGUGAGGGGUGAGGGGGUUGGGGUUUGUUCAGACAGAGUUGGUGAUGAUUUCAUUCUCACUAAUAACCUCCGCCCACUUGAGGGGAGGGCAGACCUAAAAGGAUAUAAGUAUUCAGUCAAAGCGCACAGAAGCAGAUUGCAGCUCUCGCAAGGUGCUGAGUGCCAAAGUCCGGGGACAGCAAAGCACAGAUCGCGAGCUGAGGAAUUUCCACGAGUCAAUAUGAAGACUUUUACAUUCUUCCUUCUUCUGGUGGGUGGAGCUCUGUCUAACAAGGUUGCAGACAGUGAUGUGGAUUUUGGGAACAAAGUGUUUUGGAAGGUGCUGGAGUCCCCUCUGGCUCAGAGAAAUUUGGUACUAUCUCCAUAUGGAGUGUCUAGUGUCCUGCGGAUGCUGCAACUUGGAGCAGAUGGAAGGACCCACAUGCAGAUGCGUGCUGCACUGGGAUACUCUGUACAAGACAGAGGUGUGCCUCAUAUCCAGAGAAAGCUGCAGAAAGAGCUGAGCAGUGAAACAGCACUGAAAGUGGCCAAUGCUGUCUUUGUUCAAAGAACUCUGCUGUUGGAGAAGGUGUACCGACGCAGCUUUCUCAAAACCUUCCAGCAAAGUAUACACCAGGUGGACUUCACUGACCCACAAAUGGCUGUCGGUGUCAUCAACCACUGGGUAUCGGAUCACACAGAUGGAAUGAUUUCAAAGUUCCUACAUCAGGAUUCAAUAAAUGUUCAAACACAACUGCUGCUACUCAAUGCCAUUCACUUCCAGGGCAAGUGGAAAGUGCCGUUUGAUCCCAAGGGAACUCAUGAAAGACUUUUUCACAUGGCUAAUGGCAGCACAGUUCUUGUACCCAUGAUGCAGCAAACAAACCGUUUCAGCUAUGGAGAGUUUGUUACUCCAGAUGGUGUGGACUAUGAUGUCAUUGAGCUACCUUACCAGGGGGAUGCCCUUGGCAUGCUCCUGUUGUCUCCCUUCCAGAAGGAUGUUCCUUUGUCUGCUCUGAUUCAACACAUUGACAACCAGGUGUUAAAGCAGUGGAGAAAAGAGAUGAGGCCCCUCAGCAGACAGCUCAUACUGCCUAGGUUCACCAUAAGCACAGAGACUGAACUUAACGGUGUCCUUUCUGAUCUGGGAAUGAAUGAUAUGUUCAGCAUGCUGGAUGCAGACUUCAGCAAAAUUACUGUAGCCGAUGAGAACUUGUAUGUGUCCAAGGUGCUGCAGAAAGUCAAGAUUGAGGUGAAUGAAGAGGGAACUAAAGGAUCAGCAGCCACUGCGGCAAUCAUGUACUCGCGUAUGGCGAUUGAAGAGGUCACUCUUGAUAGACCAUUCCUCUUCCUUGUACAGCAUAAGCCUACAGGUACUGUCCUCUUCAUGGGUCAGGUGAUGGAGCCAUCUAGGAAAUAAAUGGCAAGAGCCUGAAGACUCCUUCAGCAGCUGAGACUUUCAUUUUUAUCAGCAUUAUGAUGAUAAGUUUAUUGUAUUUACAGAGAUUGUAAUAUAUAAAUUAAUAUAUUUUUGUACAAGACACUUAUGAAGAGGUCACAAGAGUUCUGACACUGAAUGUAACACAAAACGGCAGAUGACUGACGCUUUGAAUUUGAUCUCUGGUUGUUCAAAGGGGACAACUUAACCAGCAGAAACUGAAGCUGGCUGAUCUAUGCAAUGUUUUGUUUUGUUUUUUUUUUUUUGUUUGCACUGAAUUGAGAACA